GAUUGCAGAAAGUGUUUGAUCGUCCAAUAUGAAACAGUACCUGGUGCUUGCCCUCGUCUUUGCGGCCAUUCUGGCCAUGAUCAGCGGCCAUCCUCUGGAGGAACAAAAGAUCACGCUGGAAGAUGCUGAAGCACAGCCGGGAAUCGAUGAUGGCACUGGAGUUAGGGCCGCUCGUCACUUUGGCGGCGGCUUUGGCCGCGGAGGAUAUUGCUGUGGAGGAGGCGGUGGCUUCCGGCGCGGUGGUUUCGGUGGCGGUGGUUACGGUGGCGGUGGUUACGGUGGCGGUGGCUAUCCAGGUGGCGGCUUUGGCGGAUAUCCCAGAGGUGGAUUUGGCGGCGGCAGUGCAUCAGCAUCGGCGUCAGCUUCAGCCAGUUCCAGUUGGGGACGUAAAUAAAAAUAGUUAAUCACUGUAAUUGAGGCGAAAAUAGAAAAAAGUCAAAAAAUGAAAAC